ACUACUUGUGGUGGCGCACUGAAUGUUUCACAGUAUAAGACUGAUGCUAACUUCACUGGUCUGAAUGAUCUUUCAGCACAAGCUGGCAAUGUAUCACAGAGUCUUGACAUGCAGAAAUUCAUUGACCAGGCGAAGGGCACUUUGGAUCAGGCCAAGCAGAAUGCUACUGGGGAAAUCCAGGAACAGAUCAACUCUUCCGUAAACAAGCUGGACAGUAUUCGCAGUGACAUCAAGAAGAAGAUCGGAGAUUUCAGGACACAGUUCAAUCAGACUACAAAGUUUGCAUCUGAAGCAAUGAAGACUGUGAAUGAGACAACAACCCCGUCCAUGUUGAAGUAUUAUGACUACGUGUGGUACGCAGGUAUCGGUGUGAGCAGUGUCUACCUGCUAAUUGUGUUGUGUCAUUGUGUACCUAUGUUGUGUUACAGGUGGUAAGCAGGCAUCGGAGUG